CACAUGCGCAGUGCCAAUACGGCUGUGUGGCCGCCGUGCAGUGCGCGAGCGACUGCAGCACCCACAGUCCUGCGCGUGCCCAGCAGACUCAGAGCAGCGAGGCGUCACAACAAAGCUGGAGUCCUCAGCUAAAUACUCAAGAAUAAAGACCAGAGAGGACAGAUAAACAGAGAUGUGGAAAGCAAAUGACAAUUUGGAAGAGGAGAGACCUAGUAAAAAAUCAGCUGAUUUUCUCAUGCAACCUGAGGUUCAAUCUACCCACUCUGACAAAGCAACACUUGACAGCAUUAUGGAGCAAAAAGAGGAUAAGGUAGUUGGAGGCAUAGAGGGAGAAAGAGAUGAAAAGAUGGAUGGCAAAGACAAACAGAACAUCCAAUUAUUCCAGAACACCAGCCCGUCUGUAUCUGUUGUAAAUCAAAGCCUAGCUCAUCAAGGUCAAGCAAGUGCUGCAACUAUGCAACAGGAUUAUAGGACUGACAUGUCUUUAAAUGGCACUAAAGUUGACCUUGGACCUGAUGGUGAUGUCCAGUGUUCCCUUAAAUUGCCCUGUCCUCGUUGCAAGAGACGGUUUACGAGUAGUCAAGGCCUGGAACGUCACAUGCAAACUCAUGCUCAAGCAACCUGCCACACACAGCAGUAUAAAUGCAGUCGCUGCAGAAGGACCUUCAGUACAUUGUUUAGUCGCCGGAGGCAUGAGAAAAGACACGACAAACGAAACAGAAAUCUCUCAAACACCACCAGCACUGUCGGUCAGAAUGUGUCUGGCAGUGGUGAACUUUUGAGCACCAACCUUUCAUCUAAAGAUGACAAGCUUCUACUAAACCCAAACCCAGGCAUGUGCAAUGCAGCUGAUAGUAAACAGAAGGAUGCCUCUAGUAAAAACAACAAUGGCAAACUCUCAAACAUCUGCAAGUACUGCAAAAAAGCCUUCAGGACUCAUACCAGUCUAAGGAGACAUCAGCGCAGGAUCCAUGAGCGCCAUCUUCUUCCUAAAGUGCGUUGUAAGAAUGUGACAAUCACACAAGAAUCUAAUGGACAGCAGCUUGGUGAACCAGCACAUGACUCACAGUCUAUAGAGAACAUCAGUCAGGAAAGGGAAUACAUGGUUGACAUUUCAAGUAACAUUUCAGAGAAUCUCAGCUUCUACAUAGAUGGCAAAAUUGUAUCGACAAGUGCUGUAAGUAACUGCGAUGUGCUUGAGAUGAACUCUGAGGGCUCUGCUGUGAUAGGGCUUAAUGCUGUUAUCAUAAGUCCUGCUCAUAUUUCACAUGCUCUUAAAUUAGAAGCUAAUACUUCCAGUUUGACCUUUGACCUGUCUGGGCAAUCCUCCACCAAACGCAGAACAUCUACCCCACCUUUACUCCCACAAAUAAAAACCGAAUUGGAAUCUGAAUCAAUCUUAUCAACCUCAUCGUCGUCUUUGUCCUUGUCACUGUACUCUACAUCAGGAGCUGCACUGGUUGCUGCUCAACAACCCCAAUCCACUGAGACUGUUGCCCUUUACAAGGAAAAAACUGUCUAUCUGUCUCCCAAACUUAAACAGCUCUUACAGAACCAGGAUGGUGGUAAACCAUCAUAUGCACUUAUUGCUGAUGGCCAGAACCUGAGCCCUCCAUUAUCUUUGACUGUUUUACCUGCUUCAACUAGAUUUAAGAGACGGACAAUGUCCCCUCCAAGCUCUCCGCAGCAAAGCCUUGAUUUGAGUGUAGAUAAUGUCAUGACAGAUCCUGAUGCUGCAGAAACCAUUCAUUCAGAGUUGGAGAACCCUACAUCCCCUGGGUUGAGCUUAUCUGGCAAUGAUGAAAUUGGACAUUUGAACCCAACCACAGACAACUCUAAUGGACUUAAUAUGGAGCAACAGGUUUUGCCAUUAGACUGCUCUGUAUCAAGAACGGGCGGGAACUCCUGUACUGGUGGAAACUCCUGUAAUCAACAGCCAUUGGAUCUCUCCAACUCUAUGGGUAAGAUAGACCACAGUGAGGGCUUAGCAGAGUCCAUUUUAGACUUAAGUAUUGGUGGAAAGAGCUUAGAUUGUGACUUAGGCUACCUUACUCAUCCUGCUUUGAGGAAGAGUAAACCCAACUCUAAUAUGCUUCAGAAGGUUCUUACGAAUGAGUGUGGUGGUGUAGACAUUCCCUCUGUUGAUGGUACUCCUGACAUAACAAACUUUGCAGUUAUGGCCCUUCCUGAUUCAGGCCCAACAAACUCCGAAAAUCUUUUGUUUAAGUUAGCUGCAUCACUCCAGCCAACCCCUGCUUUACUUGCUCCUGACAAUAUCCACUCAGCUCCUUCAACCCCUCCACCUCAAGACCUGUCUUCUUCACCUCCCCCUUUUGUGUCUUUUCUGUCUACUUCCACAGUGGAACCCAGUCAGGAAGUUCAGACUCUUUGCUCCACUCUCUUUGUAUCUGACACUUUGCCACCCAAAAGCACUGUGGAAGACUGCACCGAUAAUCCUGUACAUUUCUCACAGGGUAAUUUAAACGUGACAAUCCCUGACUGGGUGACCUCUGCUCCUGGAGGUAUGACUCACACCCUUAUACCUGCAGCCCCUUCACUGAGUUUACAAGGCCCUCAGUGGGUCUCAGAUCCUGCUUUAUGUGAACUAGCCCAAAGAACACUGGUUGUAGACUCUUUAUUAGCCUCCGAUGCACAAAUAUUUUCUCCCUCUCUGUCUGUUACCCAAUCAGACAUCACAUCCUUGACUUUUCCUCCAAAUACUGUUGUGAUUGAAUAUACUGUUGCACUGCAAUCUACUGAAAACAUUUUACCAUGCAUUCAAGCUAAUUCUGUUAAUUGUCUCUCCGACAACUUACCCGUAGAUGCAACAGUUGAGCAGGACCUUUAUGUCACAUCUCCACCAGCGACGCUCAGUCCAUCCACCACUCAUGAAAAUUCCACUCCAAUGUUAGCUGCACAGUCCUCACCCACAGAGCAGUGUUCAUACCCUACAGAUGACACAACUACCCUUACUGGCUCCAUCAGUGUGGUGAAAGAAGAGAGCAAAGAAGAGGUGAAGGAUAACUUGGUCUGUCCUGCCAAUACUAAUGUACAGACUUCUGAUUACUCUGAACAGGACAACAAAGUUGAAGACGAGUCAUCUCCCUUGCAUCCAUUUUGCAAAAACUUUAUGUGCAAUGUUUGUGACCGUCCCUUUCAGUCUAUGAAGAGUCUCAGUCAACAUGUAAGUGAACACUCCAAAGAGUGGCCUUAUAAAUGUGAAUUUUGUGUGCAGUUGUUUGAGAGUGACAAAGGCUUGCUGGAGCACCGUUCCAGUUAUCAUGGCAUUGGUAAAAUUUAUGUCUGUGAAACAUGCUCUAAAGAAUUUGCUUUCCUCUGCAACUUGGAGCAGCAUCAGCGAGAUCUUCACCCCGGUCAAGAGUGUUCACACACUGAGGUUGUGCAUGGCAAAUUAAGACCUGAAAAUCAUAACAAUCCCAAAACUGACAUCUAUCCAGACCUUUCCAUCACAGAAGUAAAACAAGAAUCUGACAACAUAACCUCAAAAGGAGAAAAAGAUGACUUGAAUUCUACGGAAGAGUUGUAUACGACAAUAAAAAUCAUGGCGUCUGGAGCGGUCAAACCAAAAGGCCCAGAUGUACGACUAGGCAUUAACCAACAUUACCCGAGUUUCAAACCGCCUCCGUUCCCGUACCACAAUCGGACACUAUCUGGGACGACAGCGGCAUCAGCUACAAACUUUACCACCCACAACAUCCCUCAGACCUUCAGCACGGCCAUUCGAUGCACAAAGUGCGGCAACAGCUUUGACAACAUGCCUGAACUGCACAAGCACAUCUUAGCUUGUGCUAAUGCUAGCGACAAAAAGCGCUAUACUCCUAAGAAAAACCCUAUACCACUUAAGCAGUUUGCAAAAGCGCAAAAUGGGGUGUUAUCGCCCCAUUUGAUGGUCAACAGUAGGCAGAAUCUUUCUCAAAAGUUUGGACAACCGAAAAAGCUAACCCUCCAUGAAUCACCAGUUAAAAUAAAAAUAAAAAUUAUGAAUAGAAAGAAAUCACAGCUGGUGCAAAAGGGCAGACCUGCUGGGGGGAGAAAGGCCUUUGCUCAAAAUGAACUGGGGUCUUUUGCAUGUCCUCACUGUAGCAGGGAGUUCACGUAUAAUGCCAGCUUAAAGAAACAUGUAGCUUUUAGCUGCCCUAUGAGACCAGCCAAUGGGAAAUGUAAGAAAAGAAACCUCAUUGUUUCAGUGCAAGAGAACAACGGGAGCCUUCGCAGGCAAAUCGCAAGUGCAAAACCACAUGGAUCAAUCCACGGGCCAAAAACAUUAACAAAGAGUCCGAUCAACCAGCCAAUCGAUGGCACUCAAGAAAACAGGCUUAAAAGAUCUACCAUACUAUCAACAUCUGUUGUUCAACCUAGUAAAAAAUGCAAGCCUGUUUUAAAAGGCAGCUUUGGGCCACAGCUUGCUUCAAAGCAGAUCGUCCUUUCUUCUGUUGCUCAGGUGAACUCUCAGGAACCGGGCAUUCGGGUACAUGUUUUGGGGAGAAAAAUCGAGCAGAAAAUUGGAGAUGUAAAGAUGCAGCCCAGAAGAGACGACUGUUUGUCUUUAAGGUUGAGGGAGAGGGUAGAAGGACCGGUUACUCGCAGUGUGCAGCAGGCAAGCACCACGACAACACUACUUAAACAGUCGGACAGUCACAACAUCAUCAUGCGUCCUGUUGUUCUGCAAGUCAAGAAAUGAGACUAAUGACAUGAACAGAAAAUAUUGAUGUCAGCUGUAAAUAGGAUCCUUACAUGGUAUUGUUUUGGACACCACACUGUUAAAAUCAAAUGUUGAAAUAAUUAUAAUGUCCUUGAUAUAUCUGAUCUUUUUAAAUGUAUCAUGACCCCAAAAACAACACGAUGAAGUACAGCUACUAUUUGCAGAACAAUAACAUGAUCAACAGACCAACUAGUCAUUUGUAAAUAGUUUUGCUGUCUGGAACAUUUUAAUAUGAUGUAGAUGUUGCUCACUCCUAUAUUGGUCUUAGAAUUAAGCUUGUAGUUUUCAACUGAUCUGAUGAUAAAGACCUUGAUAAGCAGGUUUUGGUGCAUUUGACACUGAGCUAAAUCCUGUUGAAAGAUAUAGGAGUGGUUUCAAGCACCAUGUGUUGAUGGAUCUUGAAGAAAACGUAAAACCUCAAAGCUGAAAUGUCAUGUGACAGAGGGGACUGUCUCUUGCACUUUAUGCUGUAUGAUCAAAGCCGUUCAAUUCUGUUCCUGUAGGGCCACCAUACCGCAAAGUCUCCCUACAGUUUUAGUCAUACAGCUGAAUCUGAAACCUCCU